CCACGCGGUGAGGCCGCGGGCGGGACGCGAGCUGCGGCGCUGGCAGCUGGAGUGACCUGGUCGGUGUAGGUACGUUUCGUGGCGAUGGCUUCUUUCGUGACGGAAGUCUUGGCUCACUCGGGGAGCUUGGAGAAGGAGGAUCUCGGCACUCGAAUCAGCCGCCUGACCCGGCGGGUGGAGGAGAUCAAGGGUGAGGUGUGCAAUAUGAUCAGCAAGAAGUACAGUGAAUUCCUGCCUACCAUGCAGAGUGCACAGGACCUGGUUACCCAGGUGGACAAGCUAUCUAAUGACAUCGACCAGCUGAAAUCCAGGAUAGAGAGUGAGGUCCGUCGGGAUCUUCACAUAUCGACUGCUGAAUUUACAAGCUUGAAGAAGCAGCUGGAAAGAGACUCUGUAGUCCUGGAUUUGCUCAAACAAUUGCAAGAGUUUUCUUCUGCUAUUGAAGAUUAUAAUAGUGCAUUAGCGAAGAAGAAAUACAUCGCUGCUGCUCAGCACCUGGAGGAGGCACAGGAAUGCUUGAAGUUAUUAAAAUCCAGAAAAUGCUUUGACUUGAAAAUGUUGAAGUCUCUCAGCAUGGAGCUUACUGUCCAGAAACAGAACAUCCUUUACCACCUCGGAGAAGAGUGGCAGAAGCUGAUUGUAUGGAAGUUUCCCCCGUCAAAAGAUACCAGCAGCUUAGAAUCUUGCCUACAAACAGAGCUUCAUUUCUGUACUGAACAACCCCAGAAGGAGGAGGUGGCCCCUCUGCCAUCCAUCAGCUCUGUCCUCUUGGCAUUUUCCAUUCUUGGAGAAUUACCCACCAAGCUGAAAUCAUUUGGUCAGAUGCUGCUGAAGUAUAUGCUUAAACCUCUGGUGACUUGCCCAUCACUCCAUGCUGUGAUUGAAAAGCAGCCAGAUUCAGUUACCAUUCGCUUUCAGUCUCUGACGACAGACUUGGAGCAUCCGUCACCACCUGAAGCUUUUGCAAAGAUCCGAUUAGUCCUGGAAGUGCUCCAGAAACAGCUUCUAGGUCUGUACUCCAAAGUGGCCUUUUAUAAUCUGGAAAUGUGCAUACUGCUUUUACAAUCUUCUCUGUCUCGUAUUUGUCUCUGUCAGAUCAUACAGUCCACUGAAGAAUUUGAAAAGUCCCUGAAGGAGAUGAGAUUUUUAAAAGGUGAUACUACCGACUUGCUGAAAUAUGCUCGGAAUAUCAAUUCUCAUUUUGCUAAUAAGAAGUGCCAGGAUGUGAUUGUGGCAGCUAGAAACCUAAUGACCUCCGAAAUUCACAACACUGUGAAGAUCACCCCUGAUUCUAAGGAAGCUGUACCAGACUUACCCAGCCCUGAUGUGGAUAACAAGCUACAGGUGCAGAAGGUGUGCAAAAUGCAGUUCAGCGACACUGGGAACCUAGAGCCUGAGACGUCACUGGACCCACAUUCCUUUUCUUUACCCACGUGCCGCAUCAGCGAGUCUGUGAAGAAGUUAAUGGAGCUUGCCUAUCAGACUUUACUAGAGGCAACAACAAGUAGUGAUCAAUGUGCCGUUCAGCUUUUCUACUCAGUGAGGAAUAUCUUCCAUUUGUUCCAUGACGUGGUGCCAACAUACCACAAGGAGAACCUUCAGAAGCUCCCCCAAUUGGCUGCCAUUCACCAUAACAAUUGCAUGUAUAUUGCUCACCACUUGCUGACCCUGGGUCAUCAGUUCAGAUUGCGUCUUGCUCCCAUUCUUUGCGAUGGCACGACUACCUUUGUGGACCUUGUACCUGGCUUCAGAAGACUUGGCACAGAGUGUUUUUUGGCCCAAAUGCGGGCGCAGAAAGGAGAACUUCUGGAAAGAUUAUCAAGUGCUAGGAGUUUUUCCAACAUGGAUGACGAAGAGAAUUAUUCUGCAGCAAGCAGAGCAGUGAGGCAGAUACUGCACCAGCUAAAGAGACUUGGAAUUGUGUGGCAGGAUGUCCUGCCGGUGAAUAUUUAUUGCAAGGCUAUGGGGACCUUGCUAAACACCGCGAUUGCUGAGAUGAUUAGCAGAAUCACUGCUCUGGAGGACAUCUCAACUGAAGAUGGCGAUAGAUUGUAUUCCCUGUGCAAAACUGUGAUGGAUGAAGGGCCGCAAGUGUUUGCACCUCUGUCUGACGAGAACAAGAACAAGAAAUACCAGGAAGAGGUUCCAGUCUAUGUGGCCAAAUGGAUGCCUUUCAAAGAGCUGAUGAUCAUGCUGCAGGCUAGCCUGCAAGAAAUUGGAGAUCGGUGGGCAGAUGGAAAGGGGCCCCUGGCAACUGCAUUCUCUUCCAGCGAAGUAAAAGCUUUAAUCCGUGCCUUGUUCCAGAACACAGAAAGAAGAGCUGCUGCCCUUGCUAAGAUUAAAUAGUUCUCCCUCCCUGAGAAAGCCUCUCUUGACUCUGGUUCCUCCAUGGCUGUCAUUAUUUCCUUCAGAACUUCUCAGAAUCACUCAUUGCUUUUGGUGAACCAAUAUAUCAUGGAAGUGUGACUUCACAUCAGGACACCUGACAUGGCCUGGAUGAAGGCUUUCUGAACUGGAUAUUAGGACAUCACUUUAAGCAAUUCACUGGGUUCCAUGACUGUUGCUGCUCUCCCUUGCCAAGUAUGAAUCUGCUGGGCAGCAUGAUUUGUACCCAGGCCCUCUGAGAGCUGUGUACAUUGUAAUUUUAGACCCUAGCUUUGGACAUUCCAAAGUUAGGGUUAAGAAUUUGUAAGAUACUUUUUUGUGGGGAGGGUGGGGAUUAGGGGCACAUUACUUGGCCUUACAAGAAUUAGGGAAACCUCUUAUAUUUCUUUCCAGUAAAUAAUUCCUUUCAGAGUUAA